AGAUAUAGAAACGAAAACACUGUACACAGAACGAUGGAUCAAAAUUCCAGAGGAUAAGAAGUUUAUAGAACCCAAUCAAGGUAUGCGUUUGGUACAAAAGGGUGCUUUCGCUUAUCACACGCAUCCGGACAUAGCAUCCGUAUGUUAAUCGAUCAUUCGAUAAUGGCGAGAUCUGUGAACUUACCGAAGUUCACCUACUCCAACCGUCAAUGGCAACAUUCGCUUGUCCUCUUAACAGUACGUUAGUAGAGAUAAUGAGAAUGGGAUUAACGAAAAUUUCGGAAGUGGGACUACGGCAACGUCAGCUAAAGCGCUGGUCAUCCAGAAAACCUCGUUGCCUAAAGACGAUUCUCAAUGCUUCCAGUCUCAGUAUGACGGAGUUUGCGCCACAACUGUUUAUUUUAAUAUGCGAUAUGAUGCUGUCUUGUACUGUGUAUACCAUUGAGAACGCAAAAAGUUUAUGGAAAAUCAUAAAAGAAUACAAGAAACUCAUCAAAAGAGAAAUGUCUAAUAUAGCCAAAAUGAUCAGAAUAAGAAUAAAGCAGAGAGAAAAGAAAAUAAAUACACCGAAAGUUAACACAUGGACUCAAUGAAAAGAUGUUUUAUACAUAUACAUAAAAAAAAGUUUAAUCCGUUUUUAACUUCUGCAAUAAAUAAACCUAUAAUAUAAUUAGACACAAAAAUAUUAUGAAAAGCAAGUUCGAACGAUAUAACUACGAUAAAGUAGAUUUGAUAUAUAUGUAUAUAUAGAUAUAAAAUUUUGAAAUUAUUUUGCAUUAAAAAAAAUAUCAAUAAGCGAUAGCGGUAACUUGAAUGUAAGAUAGCAAUGCUUUUUUCAAAUAGAAUGCAAUUGCUUUCAAGAGCUCGUGAAAUAUUAAUUGAAUAUUAUCGACCUAGGUAGUAUUACAUAUAUGCAGUAAUAUUUAAUUCAAAUCCAUUUGUAUUUUAUUGAAAUAAAACAGAUUCCUAGACCUAACUAGUCAUAUUAAUAACGCAGUAUCUCGUAAGUAUCGUGAGUAAAUAACAUUGAAUAGUCACGCGAUAUUAUAUCUAACAUUUCGUUUUUCAUUAUGUAGUAUAAGAAAGAGUUUCUUGAGACAACACAUAUCAACGUGUCUUUAUGCUAAUGUUUGAUAAUGAUUUGAUUAAGGUACAAAAAAAUGAGUUUAACGUUUGUGGUUAUUUACGGUUGGUUGUUAAAUGUGCAUGCGAGCAUCGAAAAUAACUUUUUUAUCGAUUAUUUUAAGUACAAAAAUGCACCAAGUAUGUUAGGAAUUUCUUGCAAUACUAUCGAAGAUGAUGUAUUAUUAGCAAGAGAUUUUAGCAAGUAUGGCAUAUCAGUAGCUUUUCAUAAAUUAACCAAUAUGUCUGGAAUAAGCAGAGUGGCAUGCACUGAUUAUUGGAAAAUAGGCAUUUUCUUUGACACACGUUGCUAUGAUGAUCAAGAAGUUUCGUUGAUUUUUUUUGAAGCAUCGGAGUACAGAAUGUUUGGCGAGCUGCAUUACUGGCUAAUACUGGGUCACGAUCUUGAAGAAGUGCUAAAUAAUAUAGAUGACCAAGCUUUUGGACUUUCAACCGAUAUGAUCGUUGCAGUGUCGAUAAACGAUACUAUGGAUGAAUAUAACCUUUACGACAUUUACAAUAUGUCUAAAGAAAAAGGUAAUACAAUCAAUGUCACAUUUUUUGGUACUUGGAAAUAUCAGCAAGGGUUGAGCGUUGGUUUACUUCAGACGAAAUUUCAAAGAAGAUCAAAUUUGCAAGGUUCUACAAUCAGGGCAGCUUAUUUCAAGUUAACGUACCGACCACCUCAAAUGUCGUUAGAAGAAUAUUUUAAUGAUUAUGCGCACGCCACUAGAGAUGCGCAAAUGAAAUUCGGAUAUCAUAUAAUGAGUCAUCUCUCCGAUUUGUAUAAUUUUAGUUUAGAACCUCAUGAGAGCCCUGUAUGGCUGCCAACUGAUAAACAGGGUCCAGUGGCACGUGCCGUCAUAAACAAUACAGUCGACUUUUCCGGUAAUACAUUAACUAUGACUAGCCAGAGAACUUAUUUAUUAAAAUACGUACAUCAAGAUUGGCCUUUUCGAACGUGCUUUAUGUUUCGAAAUCCUCAACCUACAACCAUAAAAAUAGCAGAAAUUUUGCGGCCCUUUGCAAAAACAAUUUGGUAUUUAAUGGCUAUGGUUGUUGUAAUCGGUGUAACAGUCUUGGUGAUGGUUUUACGUUUUGAAAGGUCUGAAACAGCUACGAUGCGAUUUUCUAAUUCGGUUUUGCUAAUGAUUGGUUCAUUAUGCCAACAAAGUACUGAUAUUGUAAUGAAUCGUUACUCAACGCGGGUCGCAUUCCUAUUUAUUAUGAUAUUCAGCUUACUUAUGUGUAAUUAUUACUCGGCCAGUGUGGUGUCAGCACGUUUAGAUGAGCCGAUUUUUAAAAUAAAUGACUCGCUCAACGAAUUUGGUAAAAUGCAUAUGAAAAUGGCAACUGAAUCAAUGUUCUACUUGGAAUUCUUCCUCAAAAUGCCAGCUUGGGAAACGGUUCAGUUUUACAACAAAUAUUGGCUUAAUCUACCAGAAAAAGAAAAAUUUAUGAAACCUGAGCAAGGUAUGUUGCUGGUAAAAAAGGGUGGUUUCGCUUACCAUACACAUCCCGACGUAGGCUAUCCAUUUGUGGAAAAACUAUAUGAUAAUCGGGAAAUCUGUGAGUUAAUGGAAGUACACUUAGCAUGGCCGACGCGCAAUGCAUUCGGCGUGACUUACAACAGUACAUUUAUAGAAAUCGCUCGAGUGGGGUUGACUAAGAUUUCUGAAGUUGGAUUGCAAAAACGACAAUUGAGCAGAUGGCAGUUCAGAAAGCCACGUUGCCGCAAGGAUAUUUUAAGUGCAUCUAGCGUCAAUAUUUAUGAGUUUGCACCGCAUCUGCUACUACUGAUUAUUGGGAGCAUAUUAGCAUUAAUUAUAUGUGCCAUAGAAGUCACCAUAGUCAAAUAUGGAUAUUAUUUCAAAUUUAAAAUGUUACUUUUUUCAGAAUAUUUUUGUUCGAUUAUGAAAAGUAAAGAAUAGUAUUUAUAUUUGCUGUAUUUUUUCAAAGAAAUGAAGAAUAUACUAUAAAUAAUUUGUGCAUAGGAUCUUAAUACACUUGUUAGAUCAUAUGUAAUAACAAUUGCCAAUAAUAAAAAGAAAAUACGUAUACUAUUA